UAGUUUAACUAGAGUUGUAUUCAUUACUGAACAGCAACGAUAUCUAAACGCAUUGAAGUGUACGACAUUUCUUUGCGCUGUCAUUUUCGUGAUCGUUAGUGUUAUUGCCCAUCGGGGCCCGAUGCUAUGCAUCAGCGAGAACUUCAUUUGAAGUACAUCAUACCAUUUGAAGCAGUUUAUUUUGGUCAAUCAGUGUCAUUCUGGGCGAUAAAUCUAGCGAUGCAUGCAGGUCAUCAGUGGCUGUGUAGUAGAUAAAUGGAUCGGCAGCAAUGCAAUGUGUCCUGUGCGGCCACACCUAUCGCCAGCCGCUUUUUUUUUAUUUGAAUUAUUACUUGAAGUCAAUGAACUCAGUAGCGCUCACCGGAAUCACCCAGACUGCAAAGCCGAACGAAAGAAUCAGAUGUUAAGAACGAAGUCAUGACAGGAAAAACUGUGCCAAGCAAAUGUGUGAGGUAAAAUACGCCGCUGCUCGAGAGUGAGGGGACAUGAGGAGUCGUCUUCGCCUGUUAAAACUGCGCUUCGCUGAAAAACGGUGCUUCUGUUUAUGCUGCUACACUGCCCGCGUAAAGAUUUUCUCCUAGCCGCCGCAAAUAUAUCAGUGAUAAUAUGAAACUGUUUAUGAUAUUCUGUGUGGGCGCUUUUGCCCAUGCGGCUUCUUUAGGAAGCGGGAGAAUUUCUACUUCAGUUAUAGCUGAUGUCGCUGUGCCAGCUGUAGAUCUAAAAAAGGAACUAAUUGCUGACCUAAAAUCUGAAGCACCGAGAGGUCAGGAGGCGACGCUUCAAAGUCUCAAGAAGAACGUCGAGGAGGAUACUGCCGCUGUUGCCGCCACUAACAACGUACAACAGAAGGCUGUAACCCCCAGUUCUGACGACCAAAAAAAAGAUACUGAGAAACGAUUUUUAUUGCCCGGAUUUGGCGGAUAUCGUGGGUUGCACGGCGCCCGCGAAAGCUAUACUAAUGUUGCCGCAGUCAGACACUAUGGGGCAUUUGGUGGUUAUGUUGAGCCCUACGGAAAUGGAUUUGAAGUACCCGUUGGUGGUCUAAGCGUGGGACCAGCUCUCGGUCUGGCUGUACCUGGAAUAUUCUAUGGGUGAUUGCAAAUUUUCAGUAAGCUAAAUGGAAAGACGUACUAAUUUAUUCAAAAUGAAGACAUUCAAACGCAGCAAACUGAAGCGGCACCAGUAAGUGCAUGGAUACUAAAACGCAGCGGCACCCUUAAUAGUUAGGGCCGUGAAUUCAGGCAGCAGUAGCAAGACGUAUGUAGGGGUCUGUUGAUUAGAUUUAGAAGUACAGAAACAUUUAAGCGGCUGUCGCAGCCAUCAAAGAAGAUACAUGAAAAAGAGUCAUAAAUUUCGCUUCGAUCCGGUGUUUCACUAA